CGACCGAUCCCCCACCACCCACCGCAGGUGGUUUUUUUUUCAGUGAUUGAUGUCCGAUGUGAAAAUGGCCGGCUCUGUGAUUUAUGGACGUUUAUUGGAAGUUAUGUUAUUUUCCCAGCCUGGCUUAAAGAUGGUGUAGCUGCCAUCCUCAUCGAUUGGGGCGAGUGCCUAACCGUUGGAGUGGAUUUCAGCUGUUACUUUGGGGCAAGCUGGAGGACGUAGAGAUGUCUCCGGUCCCAUUGGAAGGCCAGCAGUUGCUGCAGCAACAGCCGCAGCAGCAACUUCAACAGCUCUUGCAGCAGACACAGCAACCGCCCCAGCUUUUACAACUUCCACCUCAGCAUCUGCAACAGCAGCAACAUCAACAUCUACAGCAGCAACUGCAACAGCAGCAACAACAUCAGCAGCAGCACCAACAUCAGCAACAACAGCAUCAACAUCAGCAACAGUUACAACAACAACUGCAACAGCAUCAGCAUCAGCAGCAACAUCAGCAUCAGAUGCCUGAACAGGACCAAGACCAAUCACACCAGCAACUGCAAGUUCAUUUGCCGCAUGAUGGGCAGCGCAGCGGCACCAUCAGCCUUGCUGUGCUCAUUGACCACAUCGUUCAAAGGACAUAUCAUGAACUCACUGUUCUUGCAGAAAUCCUCCCAAAAAAAUCAGAUAUUGAAAGAAAAAUAGAAAUUCACAAUUUUGCCGCAAGAACAAGACAGCUAUUUGUACGUCUGCUGGCUUUGGUAAAAUGGGCCAACUCUGCCUCCAAAGUUGACAAAUCUGCUCAUAUCAUGGCUUUCCUGGACAAGCAGUCCUUACUCUUUGUGGACACUGCUGACAUGUUAGCAAGAAUGGCUAGAGAAACUCUAGUUAAUGCAUGUUUGCCUGAUUUCCAAAUUCCUGCAGCUGUUGAAGUUUUGACUACUGGUACCUAUGGCAGAUUGCCUCAAUGUAUCCGGGACCGUGUUGUCCCUCAAGAGCCAAUCACUCCAAUUGAAAAAGAAAAUACUCUUCUGAGGCUAAAUCAAGUCAUUCAACACCGUCUUGUGACUGGUAAUGUUUUGCCCCAAAUGAGAAAUGUGAAAAUUGAGGGUGGCAGAGCAACAUUUCAUGUAAAGCAUGAGUUUGAAGUAUCACUCACUGUGAUGGGUGAUGGCCCGAACAUUCCUUGGAAGCUACUUAAUGUUGAAAUACUUGUGGACGACAAAGAUUGUGGAGGUGGACAGGCACUAGUCCAUCCAUUACAAGUUGAUUAUGUUCAGGAAGUAAUUCAGGCUCGCCUCACUGACUGCCCCCAUCCACUUAAUGAGGUCUACAACAUUCUCCAUUUUUUUGCCCAAUCUCUACAGCUUGAGGUUCUUUAUGCCCAAGCACUUCGACUGAAAAAAGACCGUCUAGGUGACCAUAUUAGUAUUUAUAGCUAUGUACCAGGGGAUCAUUUGACCAUUUCAUAUUGGUGCGAACUGUCUAAAAAAGAUGCUGCCAAGUCUGAGAUGGGUUACAAGUUUUCAACCCAAGUCAACCAGAAUGAAAGUGCCAAACCAUUAGCUGUUCUUCAUCUUCCCCACUUGGGCUGUGUUGAGACUGAAAUAGCCGAAAAAUCUAUUCAUACUGGUGUGUUAUCCUUGGAAAGAUUACUUGUUCACACCAUUCACAUUAGAACCAAAACUUGCUUGACUGACUUGAAAGCAGAACUGCAGACCCUUCUGCCUGGUGUAGAGUGCACUGUGAGUGGUGUGCCAGCAAUGUUAAGUGUUCCUCUCCUGCAUCCGUGCCAAAGGGCGGAGCAAAUGCUUAUCACGAUUGAGACAUACACUGGCAUCAUACAGUGCUGUGUCCCUCAAUAUGAUGCACCUAUGAUAGGGGGUAUUCAAGUUGCUCUGAACGGGGACAAAUCCAAAUUGCCAACUCUGCUAUCAGAGCUGCGGUUUUGGGUUAUGAAGAGGCGCUGUGAAAAGACCCUAAUGCAGUUACCAGUCACUGUAAAAGAUUAUCUGCCGCUGCUUUCCUUGCAGGAAAGCCCUCUUGCUUCUAGAUUAGGACGACAUCACAUGUUAGUGCAGCUCAACCAUCAUUCAUCAUCCAUCCUCAUUAUUGAUUUGCAUGAGAACAAGGGCUCCACAAGAGGAAUUGGGAUUGAUUGCAACUUUUAUUUGGCAUCUGUGAAGCCGGUCUCUGUGCAAGAAGAUGAAGAAACCGUCCCCGAAAGUGGAAUGCCUAAGCCUUACCUGAAGGUUAUUGCAUUGAUGGAACUGAAUACAUUCGUUGCGACUCAUGGUCCGUGUACAAGUGUGGAUGAAUCUCCAUGGCCUGGCAAGCGGAAACUGUGUCCUUCAGGAGAUUAUGAGGCACACUUAAAAUCAAAACACCCUGCAUAUUUCAUUCCUGAGUUAGCUCAUAUUGUAUCAAUGUGUGAAGACAGGAUCCCAUUCAUUAGUUUAACUCAAGAACUGUCUAGACGAUUGAUCGCUCACCAGGGAAUUCAAGUGGAAUCUGAAGCUAGUGGUUUAGUGCUAAGACUUUUAACCUUCCCCACUCCUGAACAUAUUUCAAGUUCAGACCCCUACUAUGUGGCUCUUAUGCAAAGAUUAUUAUCAAUUUCAAUUAGAUCUUCAUCACAAGGGGAGGGAAGAAGAUGGAUUCUGGAACUUGUGUUUUCUGGCUCUCCUGUUCCAUCUCUCCUUCCAAAGGAACAAGGGAGUCGCCGUCCUGUGUACCUUUACUAUGAUAUGCUAAGUGACGACAACUCUGCUAAGACAAUAAAUGCAAUGCUAGCAGAUUGGGCGUCAAUUGCCCACUUGUACAUGUUGGCUGAAGAGCUUUCAGAAGGUUUUAAAAGUAGCAAAUACAAUUUCUCUGACAUUUGCUCCGUAAAGUCCUUCAACUACUUAAAGUUGCACCUUGGUUAUGGUCCAAGCAAAGCAGCAUCUGUUACCAUCAGGUGGAGUAUUGAAAAAAAAGCCUUCUACCUACUGUUUGGUCCGUCAGGUAAAGCAGCAUGUGUACAUGCCCCGGUUCGUUCACACUUAGAAGUCUUCCUCAAUAAAAAUUCUAGUUGUAUCCUCCUGAUUCAAGUGCUUCAUGAAACUUAUGAAGCUCUUGCUUCUAUUUCCAAACUUUCUACCACACCCCACUUUGGAGUGAUCAGCACGAGGCCAACAAUUCCAAUUCAAACUUGGAAUAUCAUUGCUCUGAGUCCUACCACACUUCGUCUUAUAUAUGAGGGAACUUUUGGUAUUGAAGUCAAAAUUAAAGGAAAUGGCUAUGUUUCACUCAAAGACGGUGUUUUUUCUUUAUUUGGUAGUAUGUCUGUUCCUGAUCUGAUCAGAGCUCACAAUUUGGAAGUAUUCCUCGCCAAGUACUCAGCUGAAAAUUCUUCCUCCAUAAGUUUGUUUCAUGCUGAUGAUGACAGCCAGCCCUCUCCAGCUACUUUUGAUCCAGAGACUGGCAACAUUGGGCUAGGAAGAGGACCCAACUCUCCUGCUAAUCAGAAAGAUGGCCUUAACUUCCAUGCUCCUAUGACUCCACCACAAGGAAGCAACCCACAUACACCAGCCAGCCCUCAUAUGUCCAGCUUGCAGAACAACCAACACCAACAAAACUUUGGUUCUUCACCCGCAACCUCAUUCAAUCUUGCAUCGCCACCGUCCAUUUCUGGAGUUGGCCAAUCUGCCUCGCCUGGAGUUGGUCUCAUGUCCAGCAAUUCUCCAAAUCCGUUGUCGCUGCCCAGCCCCAGUCCUCUUCAUAUCCCAAGUGCCUCACCCCAACCCUCAAUGAUUGGGCACUCCCCGGCAGGUGCCGGCUCUUUCAUGGGUGGCCACCUCGACGGGCACGGCAGCCCGUUUCCGAACAUGGCUUCGCCCGGCGCGGCGAACUGGCCCGGCUCCCCUGCCAUGCCUCGGCCGUCCCCCGCGCGCCCGGGCCAGAGCCCCACCCCGAGGCCCGGCCAGAGCGGCCAGAGCCCCGGCCCGGAGCAGCAGCAGGCCCGGGCCCUGGCGAGGCUGGGGCCGGGAGGGCUGGGGCCGGGCACGGGGAGAAUGUGGGCGGCCAGGCCCACGCUGCUCACGUGCAAGUCCUUGGAGAUGCUGUGCCGGCCCGCCACCGCGCCGCCCCCGGGCCCCAACAUGCCCCAGUCGCAGGCACAGCCCGGCAUCCUGGACCUGUGCCCCCUCGAGCGCUUCCUUGGCUGCGUUUUCAUGAGUCGCCAGAUGCACCGCUUCAUCCAGGCAGAAGAAAUGCUCACUGAUCUAAGAACCGAGGACCCUGCUUUUAAAACGGAAUGUCUGCAAUGUCGUCUAAUUCAAAAUCCGUACCAUUUCCAAACGCUUCAUCUGAAAGUGGCAGCUCUUCCUGAGUAUAAAGAGCAGCUCUCAAUGGAUGAAAUACAAAUAAUUGAAAAAUUUUUUGAAAUGAGAGUAGCUUGUCCUCCUUUUAAGCCCAACAAUCUUCUUGGGCUUGCUCGGAUCCUCUGCACUCCUCUCUUUGUGUUGAGAGACUUUAUUCAGAUCAUGAAAUUUGAUUUGAUGCCAAAUUUAGCCCAACAAGCCAACUUCAAGUGGACUGUGCAACUUUGCUUAAGAGUACCACCUUCAUCAGCAGCUCCAAUAGUCCCUACUGGGCAGGCUGGUGUUUUAUUAUUCCGCAACAAAAUCCUAUGUUUUAUACAACUUACCAGAAUAUGUGUGGGUCCUGGAGAGCGUGCUUCCAUUGUUCUCCCUCUGGUUUAUGAUGUUGCGCAUCGCAACACUCAAGUUGCCGAGAAACGAGAGCCAGGCCCAGCACUUGCUGUGACAGCUGCAAAUAUACAACUGAAACGGUUUGCAGAGUAUGCUGCCACUUCUCAUAUUGGACAGGAGUCUAUGCUGUUGUUAGCUGUCCGAGAUCUUCUGAUGAACCUAAACCUUCCAUCUGAUAUGGCACAGGUUGGUCUCGGAAACAAUGGUUGCCAUUCCCCAGCAGGCAUGAUGCACUCUCCUUUGGGGAUGCCCAUGGGCGGUAUGGGUCCUAUGGGCCCCAUGGGACAUGGCAUGGGCCACAACAUGAACAUGGGUCCGGGUCCCCAUGGGGGUAUGGGAAUGCACGUCGGCCACGGUCCUAUGGGAGGGAUGGGGAUGGGACCUAUGGGGCCUAUGAUGGGUGGUCACAGCCCUGGCAUGGGCAUGGGACAUGGAGGAGGGAUGGGAAUGGGUCAUGGAAUGCCACACAUGGGACCCAUGUCCAUGAUGGGACCUAUCGGGCCCAUGGGAAAUCAAAUGGGCAGCAACAUGCCCAUGUGUGGUCCAAUGUCCGGUCCCAUGGGAAGCCCUAUGCCCCACUCAGGACCAAUGGGUAGCCCCAUGCCUGGGCCCAUGGGCAGCCCUAUGGGUGGGCCCAUGGGCCCCAUGAGUGGUCCAGGUCCCAUGAGUGGACCGGGCCCAGGACCAGGGCCGGGGCCCGGACCCAUGAGCGGACCAGGCCCCAUGGGGAGCCACAUGACCGUUCCUAUGGGCCCAGCAAGUCAUGUAGGACAGCACCCAAUGAUGGGGCCCUAGAAAUUCCAAUAGGAAAUGUAUUAUCUGUAAAGGUUACCAAUUGUCAGCUCUAUUGACAAAUAUCGAUACCAAAGUGAUCUAAAGAAUAAAUUGUUUCCUUAUGUAGCUGAAGUACAAAGUUGAACCCAUUUUGAUAAUUUUAUUUCAUGGACUCUUUUGUUAAUGUAUUUCAUUAAUUUUAUUAUUUGUAAUUAUAUUUUCUGAAUUUAAAAAUGUUAUUUAUUGCUUGUUAUAAAUUGUUUUUAAGUAGAUCUGUGCUUUGUUUGAACUUGUUCUAUAUACUUUAAGUAUUCUGAUGCCUUGCAAAAUGUACUAUAAAAUUUUAUCACUGUCUUUACUUUUAGAACUUUGUUCCGAAUUGUGGCUGUAUCUAGCUUGCAUAUUAUAUAAACAUAUGGAUAUAGUUUUUAUAAAUAAAUGGUACAUGGUCACAUUUUAUACUGGGAGUGAUGUAGUAAAUAGGAUUCGUAAACUCGUAAACAUGUGAAUAAUCUCAUUUUAAUAUUUAACAACUUUUCUGCAACCAAAAUGGAUACAUUUCUGCACAGGUUAUGAAAUAAUUAUAAUGGCUGUUAUGGUUUGUGUUACAAUAAUAAACCAACAUAUAAAAUGA